GACGUCCGUCCUGUCCCUCCAGGGAAGCUGCGCUACGCCAACAACAGCAACUACAAGAACGACGUGAUGAUCCGAAAGGAGGCUUACGUGCACAAGAGCGUGAUGGAGGAGCUGAAGAGGAUAAUCGACGACAGUGAAAUCACAAAAGAAGAUGAUGCUCUGUGGCCUCCUCCAGACAGAGUUGGUCGACAGGAGCUUGAAAUAGUAAUCGGUGAUGAGCACAUCUCCUUUACCACGUCAAAAAUCGGUUCACUCAUUGAUGUAAAUCAAUCCAAGGAUCCAGAAGGCUUGAGAGUGUUCUACUACCUGGUCCAGGACCUUAAGUGUCUAGUCUUCAGUCUCAUUGGACUACACUUCAAGAUUAAGCCAAUUUAAAUCAAACAAACUGAAGUUUGUACUGCAGUGUGUGGGUGGGGGGAGGGGGUGCUGUUUCAAUUCCUCACUGUUGCUGGGCUGAGGGUUUUGUGUAUGUUAGAAAUUUUUUUUACAAACUGUCAGUGACUGUCUUAAUAAAAUGGUGAGAUCUGUAUUUUUAAUUU